UAGUCAUCGCAGCAACUAUCCGCAGUGUGUAGUAGCCUCCUGUAGCCUCUCUUGCACCUCUUGCACUGGAGAUCCACAGUGGGCGCCGUGCAGGGCUUGGCUGCAGACGCACUCUGUGUGUUGUGUAUCUGUACACUGCGUGCGCGAUUUCUCUCGCACCCACCCGCAGAGCUUUUCUACACAGUCGACCGGCAUGAUCGCAUGCCGGUUGGGUCCGUGGCGGUGGGCCGGUGGCUGCCCGGGUCAUUAGGGUGUUUGCGCAGGACGUGGCAAACCGACGCCAGUGACCGGGCAGGUGAUGUUUGCUCACGUAAGCCGCUCGCGUUUGAUGAGGGGCGCAGGGGACGCGGCUGGAGGGUGCGCGCUACUGUUGCAACGCCUCACUGGAUAACCGCUGCUAUCUCAUCCUGUCCUUUUUUGUCUCUCCCUGUUUUUUGUUUUCUCCUUUUUUGUUUUUGUUUUUGCUCACCGAAAGAGUGGGACUCUCGGCGAUCGGAAAAAGCUGAAUAAAGGACCCGAUUUUAGGUGCGUGUGCGUGGAGUGCGUAUCAUUUCUUGUGAUUCCACUGUGCGCGCAAGCCGCCUUUUUCCUUCCAUAGAGGCAAUGCGCCCACCCAUGCGAUGCUAGCCUAUUAGCUGAAGAGAGAGAAAGAGAGAGAGAGGGGUUUCAGCUCCUGGAUUCGAGAGGAAGCUAAUUUACGAGUCUUAUUUUGCCUUUCAGGAAAAGAGGAGAUAAGAGGGGGAGGGUGGUCGGUGAAGGAGAAUGCAGCAAUCACAUUUUUAAGCAUGCAGAAACGGGCCGUUUCCGGUUCCUAGGCUGGUGCGUCCCCCCCAUCCGACGCCAGCAGCCGUAUGGGGAAAGCAGCGGCAGACACAGAUGGCAUGGACACUUCCACAACGUCUGCCGCUCUGCCCUGCCUGCUCUGCCGGAGCCCGUUCGCCGCCGUCUCUCUCUUCCAGCUCGCUCCGCCGCCCAGCAGCACUGCAGCACAGCACAGGCUGACGGCAUGAGGCUUGAUCCAGUGCAUUUCUCCAUGCUGGUCAUCGGGGUCUCCUUCGCCUGUUACGCCCCGAGUCUUAACUCCCUCCAGGACCAGGCGUACAGAUCAGCCGUGGUCAUCGAGGGCGAGGUGCGCUCCUCCCCGGAGAACAUCUCCUCCCGGGAGCCCUACAGUGUGAAUGUCAAAGUGCUGGACGUGUGGCCCGUCAACAGCGGCGGCCUCGAGAGGGAGCAGCUCGUGACCGUCGGGGACUUCAGUUCCGAGGCCCCUUGCACCACGGUGGAGAAGGACCACAGAUAUAUCUUUUUCAUGGACCCGACCGCCGAACCCCUAGUAUUUAAAGCAUCGUACGCGCCUGUGGACGCAAGCGAGCCUGAGCUAAAGAAGGAUGUGGAGAGAGUGCUCUGCGAGGACUGCGCUUCUGCUCCGAAGCUGCGACAGAUGCGAGGCCAGUCUCUGAUGGAAGGGGACAAGCUGUACUUGAAGUGCGAGGCGUCAGGGAACCCCAGCCCUUCCUUCCGCUGGUAUAAAGAUGGACAUGAGCUUCAGAAAGGCAGAGACCUCAAGAUAAAAACCAACAAAAAAAACUCAAAGGUACAGAUCAGUCGUGUUCGUGUGGAAGACUCUGGCAACUACACCUGUGUGGCUGAAAACUCACUAGGACAGGAAAACGCCACAAGUUUAAUCAGCGUGCAGAUCUUGACCACCACAACCCCGUCUCCAGGUGUGAGUCAUGCGAGGCGCUGCAACGACUCGGAGAAGGCCUACUGCGUCAACGGGGGAGACUGUUACUUCAUACAUGGUAUUAACCAGCUGUCCUGCAAGUGUCCCAAUGACUAUACCGGGGACCGCUGUCAAAACUCCGUCAUGGCCGGUUUCUACAGGCUUCUCAAAAUUGAAUUUAUGGAGGCGGAGGAGCUCUACCAGAGGCGGGUGCUGACGAUCACGGGCAUCUGUGUGGCGCUGUUAGUGGUUGGCAUCGUUUGUGUGGUGGCCUACUGCAAAACCAAGAAGCAGAGGAAGAAGAUGCAGACUCACCUACACCAAAACCAGAAUCAGUGUGUGGAGCAGCCAAACCGUAUGUUGGCCAAUGGGCCGAACCAUCCCGGGCCCGGCACCGAGGAGAUCCCCAUGGCUGAUUACAUCUCCAAGAGUGUCCCUACGACAGAGUGCGUGAUCAGCCAUGGAGCUGAGGGUGCAGGCAACUAUGCAGGCAGUCGAAUGUCGACCCGCUCUCACCACUCUACCACUGCCUCACAUGCUUCCAGACACGAGGAGCAGACGUGGAGCAUGGAGCGAACGGAGAGUGUGAACUCAGACUGCCAGUCAGGUGGGCUCUCGAGCUCUGUGGGAACCAGUAAGUGCAGCAGCCCGGCAUGCAUGGCGAGGAGGGCCGCCAACUGGGGCUGCACGGACGUGUCCGGACCUGGAAUGCAGUAUGGGGACUCCUACGACUCCCUAAGAGACUCACCUCACAGUGACAGAUAUGUGUCUGCACUGACCACGCCAGCACGGCUGUCACCUGUGGAGUUUCACUACCCCCCGCUGCCACCCCAGGUGCCCACCUUCCAGAUCACCUCACCCAACACAAGCCACGCCCUCUCCCUCCCCCCUGCUGCUGCCGCCUACCACAGGGACGACGACCAGCCGCUGCUAAGAUGCCCUGAUGACGGAAGUUUGUACAGGCAGCCCCGGCGUCCACGGCGACCCUACCUGACAGAGAGCACAGGCAGCCUACCGUCCAGCCCUUACCGUCUCCCUGACGACGAGGCCUACGAGACGACGCAGGAGUACGCCUCUUCGCGGGAACCCAUCCGAAGUCGGCGCCGCCACCGCCGCAACCGCCUCAACGGACACGUCUCUCAGCGUUCGGCGGGCCUACGGGACUACAGCUCACAGAGCUUCAGCCAGUCAGAGGAGGAGGAAGAAGAGGAUGAGGAGGAGGACGCUCACGGAGAGAGCACACCUUUCCUUAGUAUGCAAAACAUGAACAUGGACCCGCCCUUAACGGGUUUCCGUUCAUCAUCUGGCGCGGACGCACGGACUCACCGCGGGCUGAGUCGGCCCGGCACACGCAGCAACGGGCAGAGCCGCGGCUCCCAGUCGCAGCGCUCCAAGGCUGACAACAUGCCCCUUUAAGACUCGAUCUCCCUCCCACGCCCACCCAGACACCCCCGCCACGCUCCCUCCCCUCCACCUCACACACUCCCCCUCCUCCCACACACAACCAGUGGACUAGGGACCUGCACCUAGGAGAAAUAUUUUUAUUUUGUAUAACAGACAGAUAUUCUAAACAAAUGAAAUAUUUAUUUUCAUUUCAGCAAAAAUUGUCUACUAGCUAACAGCAAAGACUUUUUUUAUAAUGGGGGGAUAUUUAUAUGUAAAGUUUUUUGAUUUACAGCAUUAUGAGAGAUGAAAAAAUAAGAAUUACGUGCCAAUUUUUUCACAAGUUAGAUAAAUAGAAUAAUAUUGUGGUGCCUUUUGCUGUAUGCUGAAGUCGGAGGUCCCAUUGAGUUUUUGUAGCCUUUCUUAUAAAGACUCCUCAUUUUUAUAGAGACCAACCCUCUUCCUUCCUGUUGCUUUGGUUUUCUUCUCUGAUUUGGGAUCUUCCUCUUUUUUGAACUGUGAUCUGAUUAUGUCAUCAUGCAAUAUCGAUUCCUCCUGUGUAAAAGGUGUCUGUUUACAUGAGUACGAUCCACACGAUGCGUUCGUUUUCACAGGGAUAUUUAGUCGCUGACGCAACCGGAUGUGUAGGGUAGAUUUCUCAGAUGAACACACAUCGGCCAUUAACGUCCUCGUUCGCUGCCCGUCAGUCAUUUGUUGUCAUUUCCGUGAACAGGAGAGCGUCUGGGAGUUGUUUUGGUAGAUUCCUGUGUAGGUGUUUAGGGUGCUGCCAUAACGUUGGUGGUUGCAGUGUGUGUGCGUGUGUGGGUAGACAGUUGCCACCUGUGUUCACCUUAGUGGGUGUGGUUUAUUUUUAUUUAUUUAAUUAUUUUGACUGACAUGUUCCUCUUAUCACUUGUCACGCUGCCAGAAGCUCCACUGCACUGUAAGAACCUCCUCCGUGAGCAGUCGUUGGUCAGGAGCUGCCGAUCCAAACCCAACCCAACCAAUCCAGUUGUAAUCCAGCCUGACUCUGGCCUCCCGUGGACUGCCUAGCCCGCCCGUUUCCUAUGCCAGCAGCUUAGAGCCGCACUGUGUCUCAGGACUUUCCCCCCAUCACAUCACAGCCAAAAGACUCAAAGCAGAGAGCAUCUCAUCAUCUCCGUCACAGCUCAGUCCACAGGGCCAGAUCCACACCCACUCACUCUGUUUCAGUUGCGGAAGCUCGUGGCCACGACUAGGGGAGCUGAAACCAUGAAAGAUUUGGUUAUUUAUUUAAUUCGUUUUUACUUCAGGUUGUGUGAGUGUUUGUGAGGGUGUGAGUAUCUGCGCUGGAUUUGAUGGUGAAUGAAGUUGUGCAGAGGCCACAUCUGUUCGCCCUGGCUUCAGAUUCUGUCCCAUCCCAAAAAUCCCUUUGCUUCUUAGAGGAGGAAAUCAUCCUUGGAACUCCUUUUUUUUUCUUUUUUUUUAACACAAAUAUAAUCCUUCCUCAGCUGUGGGCACAAAGACCCAGAUAGCAGACACGUUUGGACCAAAUCUAGGCUUCUUUUGGCAUUUAUGGCUCAGUUACGAUGCUGGAAACUGUUGUGUGGUCCACAUGUGGUCCAGAUGUCAGUAGCUGGCCUGGAUGUAGGUUAUGGAAAGUGUGAUGUGGGCCACAUGUGGUGGGCAUAUGGCUGAGUUUUGGCAGCCGCAUUCACAAUGAGUCAAGGCCAAUAACGAGCCAAACUGUAGAUGUGGGCCUUAUUUGGGCCAAACUUUUUUGGUAUCUGGGAAUCAUCUCCACGUUUCACCACACUAGCGAUGGCACAGCUCGGAUGGGGAAAAGUUAAAAAAAAAAAUGAAAUAAAUGCUGGUAGAGAGCAUAUUCCUGAGUUUUGCUUUUUGUUCAGCUCACAGCCAAACGUCGGUAUGCCAUGAUCUUAGUUUGCAUUCCUGUAACUUGGUGAUUGAACUUUGUCAUACUGACUGAAUGAUUUGUCUCUGUGUGCCCCUCUCUAUCCUCCUUCACCCCCUCACCUUCACGUCUUCCUCGCCCUCUUAGGAUCUUUCAGAAGUAACCAGCAGAUGAAUUUAACCCCCCUCCCACCUGGCGCACACUGAACUAACAUUAGGGUUAUCAUGUUAAAUUCUUCCACUCGACCUUUAGAGACCCUUUCGAGCUCACUGAGGAAAAUUAUACUGUGUCACUUCCAACACGUGUCCCUGUUUAUUUCCAACCAGUAGAGUUUUGUUUUUUUUUUCCACACAGGCAAUGCAUGGACCACAGAUGUAGAAAGUAUCUUAAAAAUGGCGACAAACCCCUCCGAUUUGGAGGGGAAAUCAUACAAGAAAUAUAUAAAAAGUAUUAUUUGGGUGCCUGACCCAAAGGUCUGCCUAGUUCUGUCUUACUAUCACUAUAAUCAAUCUGGGAUUUGCAAUGUGGAAAAACUGCAAGUGAGGAUAGUGUGCUUCUAGAGCUAGUUGAAUUGUUAAUGACCCCGCCCUCUUUCUCCUCACCCACUCUUCCCACCACACACAUAAAUGUCACUCAUAUAUAUAUACAUACACUGAAACACACACAUAUACACACAUAUUUUAAUAAAACAC